UCUUCCUGUGUUACCGCCCUUGGGGUGAGAAAGAAAGCGAGCAUCAGUGAAGCCUUCGUAUUCAUUGGAACAGUACACAGGUUACCUGCCCCUAGGCGCGACACUUGGACCCAGAGGAACACAGACAGACAUCCCGGUCCCCAGUCUGCAGUAGGUGUAGCAGAGAGAGAGCAUGGCGCUGUCGUUUAAGAAAGACUUGGAGAAGUACAAGGAGAUUGACGAGGAUGAGAUCCUUAACAACCUGUCAGAGCAGGAACUCAAACAACUGGAGACCGCUCUGGAGGAGAUGGACCCAGAGAAUGCAUUGCUGCCAGCGUCGAUGCGUCAGAAGGACCACACAGUGAAAGCAGCCACCGGCCCCUACAGCAGAGAGAAACUCCUCAGUUAUCUGGAGAAGGAGGCUCUGGAGUAUAAAGACAGAGAUGACGUAGUGUCAUUCACUGGAGAGAGGAAAG